GUUAAACGUAAAAAGUCCACUUUUUAAUUAAAAUCAAAAAAUGUCUCUUCCUUGAUCCUAAUUCUUGAAAAGUGUAGUGUGUUUUUUGUACUAUAUGCGCUUCCAAUGAUCAUAUUUUUGCUAGAACAUUAUACUAACUUGUUAGCUACAAGCUGAUAAUGACACAUUUUGAAAUAUAAUAUAAAAUUGUUAUGCUAAUUCUAUUUCAAAUAAGUUAUCAAAAUCGCUUCAAUAACGUUUUUAGUAAAUUUACCUAUUUCUGAAAGCACAUCCGACUCAGAGGGGAAAAAUGUCUGCGACUUAUUUGAUGUGAUCUAUGGAAUAAAUUUUAACUAUUUCAGAUGACAUCGCGUUCUAAAGUAUCUAAUGCACUGUUAAGUGUUUUAGGGUUUACCGACAGGGAGUUAGUCGAGUUUGUGUUUCAUGGAGUGAAUAAAUCAAAGGAAUGUGGUGAAAACGUAGAAAACUUUUUACAAGAAAAGUGUAAUUUUUCAAUUGAAAUAUCUCAAAAGCUGAAAGAGGCACUAAGCGUGAAUUAUUCUAACACGGGAAACGUAGAUGACUAUAGAAAAGAAGCUAAACGUAUACGUUCAGAUACGCCCAUUUAUGAAGACAAAACGGAAACGAAACCGGAAUCAAGUGAAUCCAAGAUAAAUCAUAACAUGGAGAAAGAAAUAUCAAAACAUUCACAUAAAGCUUCAGAUCAUGAGGAAAAUAACCCAAUUUUGAAUGAUUCUGUAUUUGCUGCCAAAGCUGGACGAUUUGAACAAAAAAAAGAAGAUCCUGUUUACAUGGAGCAAUUACGUGAAGAGGCAAGAAGAAGUUAUUUGAAAAAACGUGAAGCAGAACAACUUGAUCUAUCAGAAAAACUUCUUUCUGAUCGUGAAUGGUUGUACAAGGGUUUGUCUUUUAACAUAUCCGAAGCGGAAAAACAAGAUAUGGAAUUACAAAAAGAAACUCUCACGAUUGCUAAAAAAGUUAUUCAAGAACGUAAAACAAGGGGAGCAUUAGACACGUAUUUGAUGCCAGAAAGCUACGAUGAUGCAACGGAAAAAAGAUUAGCUGUACUUAAGCAAAAGUGGAAAGAAAGUUCUACUAGUGGAGUUUCAGCACCAUCGUUUCUAUCUGAACAGACAAUACUUGAAGCGGACCGUGGUGUUGGGGCAACAGUCCCAACUAUUUUUAAAGAAAAGCAAGCAUUGGCUAAUACAGGGAAAAUGUAUGGGUUCAUGGAUGACUCUGGCGCUGAAAUCGAGUUUGAAGAAGGUGAUUUAUUGGCUGAACAACUUAUAAAACAAUCUGACUCGAUUUACAAUAUGUCACAAAGUGAACGAGAUCAAAAAGCGUUGGAAAAACGUAGAGGUCAAGCUCUCAACUUACAGGAAGAGCGUAAAAAAUUGCCUGUGUCUAACUUUCGUCGUGAAUUACUCAAAUCAAUUCGGCGGUAUCCUGUGCUGAUUGUAGUUGGUGAAACUGGUAGCGGAAAAACUACGCAGAUUCCACAGUAUCUAAUGGAAGUCGGAUAUGGAAAGUUAGGGAAAAUCGGUUGUACGCAACCAAGAAGAGUUGCCGCCAUGAGCGUUGCUUCUCGUGUGGCAACCGAAUGUGGCACUAAACUUGGGCAUGAAGUUGGAUACUCUAUAAGAUUCGAAGAUUGUACUACUGAUAAAACAAUUAUUAAAUAUAUGACGGACGGAAUGCUUUUGCGUGAAAUGAUGAGUGAACCGGACUUAUGUGAAUAUUCUGUAGUGAUGAUUGACGAAGCUCAUGAGCGAACUUUGCACACAGAUGUUCUUUUUGGUCUUCUCAAAGAUUUGUCACGGUUUCGUAAAACGGAUUUCAGACUCAUUAUAUCGUCUGCUACAUUACAAGCUGAGAAAUUUUCAGAUUAUUUUGAUGGCGCUCCUAUAUUCAAAAUUCCUGGUCGUCGCCACCCUGUAACAAUUUAUUACACAAAAGCUCCAGAAGCCAAUUAUUUAGACGCCACUGUUAUUACCAUUUUACAAAUACAUUUAUCCCAGCCAUUGAAUUCAGGAGAUAUUUUAGCGUUUCUUCCAGGUCAACCAGAAAUUGAAGAAGUACAAGAAGAUUUAGAAAAAAGAAUGCGAGGAAGAGGAACAAGUGCUGGAGAACUCAUAGUUCUUCCAGUGUAUAGUACACUACCGUCAGACCUUCAAGCGCGCAUCUUUGAACCAACACCAGAGGAUGCUCGUAAAGUAGUUUUGUCAACUAACAUUGCGGAAACAUCUAUAACGAUUGAUAAUAUUGUUUAUGUAAUUGACCCCGGUUUCGUUAAACAAAAUACUUUUAAUCCAAAAUCAGGCAUGGAAGCUCUUGUUACGGUACCGUGUAGCAAAGCCGCUGUGAAUCAGCGGGCAGGACGCGCUGGACGAGUGAAACCUGGUAAAUGCUUUCGCUUGUAUACAAAAUGGUCUUACGAUAAAGAAAUGGAUGAUUCCAAUACACCAGAACUUCUUAGAUCAAAUCUUGGAAAUGUUGUUCUUACAUUAAAAUGUUUAGGUAUUGAUGACCUUUUGAAUUUUGAUUUUAUGGAUUCCCCUUCGCCGGAAACAUUAAAAAAAUCCUUAGAACUUCUUUACGCUCUUGGAGCAUUAAAUCAAGAGGCAGAGCUAACAAGAUUAGGAAGACGUAUGGCAGAGCUACCAACCGAUCCAAUGUAUAGCAAAAUGAUUUUAGAAGCUGAAAAUUAUCAAUGCGUUAGUGAAUGUAUCACCAUAACAGCCAUGUUGAGUGUAGGAAACUCCAUUUUUUACCGACCCAAAGAUAAACAACUGCAUGCCGAUAAUGCCAGGCGUAAUUUUUUUCGCCCAGGAGGAGAUCAAUUAACACUUCUAAAUGUUUACGAACAGUGGGAAGAAUGCGAUUACUCUAUGGCUUGGUGUUAUGAAAACUACAUUCAAUUCAAAUCCAUGCGGCGCGCUCGAGAUGUGAGAGAACAGAUUUUAGAAAUGCUAGAUCGCAUUGAGGUCAAAUUAUCAUCUAAUGGAGGCGACUCUGAAGCCAUUCGCAAAGCUAUCACAGCAGGAUUCUUCACACAGAGUGCACGUUUACAUCAUGAUGGAAAUUAUACAACAUUAAAAUUUCCACACACUGUGUCAGUGCAUCCUCAAAGCUCGCUUUUUGUUGAGUCAAAAACAGAAGAUCGCGAGUCGUAUUCCUACCAACAACGCAAAAAUGAGUCGAUUGUUCGUCCAUUAUUAGUUAUUUACGCAGAACUUGUUUUGACAACCAAGGAGUAUAUGCGCAACUUAAUAGAAGUUUAUCCUGAAUGGCUUGCUUCGGCAGCUCCGCAUUUUUUUAAACCGGAAGAGCUCUUAACGGAUUCGCGUAAAAAACAAAAAGAGCCUAGUAAAAAGUAAAAUUUUAACACUAAAAAUUAAAAAAAAUGAUCUUUUUUUUAAAAAAAAAAAAUUGGUUUUAUCUUAAAAGAAAACUGUGUCUAUUUUUUUUCUAAAACUAUGACAAAAUUUGUAAAUUUCUUCUUGGGGGUUAAAUAAAAAUUUAAGAGUCUUUUACUUAGUUCUAGCAAUAAAAAAAAUUCAAUUAUGUGUAAAUGCAAUAGUCUAGCUAAAAUUCUGGCGCAGCAAAGUGUUAUCAGGUAGAGAAAAAAAGAGAUUAGUACAAAAAUGACCAACUUAGUCAAGUAAAAAAACUUAUUUUUUCUUCGUAUUUCUCACGUUGUUUGUUUCAAGUGAGAAUCAACAAGGUUGCAUCAAGGGACUUGUUUUAGACCGCGCAAUUGAAAAGUUUAAACGUUUUUUGCGAAAAUGAGUUCAAUCAGAGAAACCCGAGAUUUAUUUGUAACAAUGAAGCGUGUGCAUGAAGGCCUUCUGGUUGCCACAUCUCUCACAAACAUUUCGUUCUUGAAUAAUAAACAAGACCAGUUAUAUCCUAGUUCCUUUCCAUCCAGUUACUCUUCCGAAGGUGUGACGAUAUCGCAAGUAUGUAUAGGGCUAUUAGAGGUUAUUGGAAAUGUUGAUUCUC